GCCUCGACCACUAUCCUUCACCUCCGUCACUAUCUGCUCAUACAUGUGCUCUUAUGCAGGUCCUUCGACGUUAUGUGGCCUGGCAUUGCCUCCUCAUCCAGGGAAUCCAGCAUGGCGAUUGCUGUGUCAUUCAGGAUAUGACCGAUUUCAAGGCUGACCGUCUCGUUGGACUGCGGCGCACGUCUUCGUGCCAGCAUCGUAAUUGAGCAUGGCGUCACGCUAGCCAGAUACACGAGUUCAGCUUGCCUCAACCUCCCUUUUCCGCCGAGCAUCGUGGCGCGGCUCGGUACUUAAGCCUCCUCCCGAGCCCUGGCAAGGUUCGAGGCAUCUGGAACUCUCUUCCUUGAAACUCUCUUCUCUUUGCUAUCUCAGGGCGCCCGCAGGACGGCUCUCGACGUCGAGCGAGAUGCUCAGCGCGCUUUACCGCAUGCUGCAGGCCAGCCCUGCUCCCGAUCCCGGACAAGACCGCGCGUCGGCGGACAGUGCCAGAGAAGACACGAAUGGCGAGGCGCGUGCGGCGACCAGUGCAGAUGAUUCUGGUCUCGGGCUGGAGACGAUGCGUCUAGAGCGAAGACCGUCCGUCGAUGCUAGCGCAGUGAUGGACGCUAGGCGACGCGCCCCUUCCCAUGUUUCGUGGAAGACACCCAACGUGAAUCCGAGUCCCAGUCCCAUCUCUGACUCCGUAUGGAGUUCGCAGUAUGAGAGUCAUUCUGCGUCAGCACCAUCAUUACUGCUGCUGAAUCCCGGGUCAGCGACAAAGGCAGCGUCGAUUCAUCGACACAGUUCGCAGUCCUUGCGCACCCCGUCCAUCACAGCCUCAGAAGACUUGUCGAGGCGGAACAGCCCGGAAAAGAGGGAGAACGUCGAACUCUAUCCUCCGAGGCAUCUCCCAGUGAUUGAUCCACGUGUGCGGUUCCCCAGCGGAAGGAGGCCGUCGACGGACUCAGUGCCCCCUACGCCGGAAUCCACCAGGGUGCAUGACGGACACCUCGCUGCAUAUCCAGGAGCGUUCAUCAAUCGGCCCCUCAAUCGUACUACCAGCCAAACGUCGACAAGCACGACCGCCUCUGUGCCCGCUAUCCCGCCUCUGGACCUCCGGCCCGACUUCCAAAAGACUAUCGGUCCGCCCAUUCGCAAGUCGCGUCUCCCGCCGCCGACGCUGCCCACCGUCGUAGGCAGUCCUCAUCCGGGAAAGUACUCCGUCAUAUACGAGGACGGCUCCUCUGCGCGAACCUCGCGAAGCUUCGUCACCGCACCCUCCGUGCAUUCUGUUCGCGACGUGUCCACGCCCGAGCCUGGUGGCGACGCACAGCAUGCAGAGGAACGCCCAGUGCACGCACGGGAUUAUGCUAUUUCCACCACGUCGAGCGUCGACGUCACGCCUGCAGUGCGGACGAGCGGCCUCCCAGAGGGGCUGUACGACAUUGACCUGGGCGAGCCCUCGCACGCCGGAACCAGUACACACGCCGGGAGCACCAGCACGAGUCCGCGGCUCACACAGCCUCUCCUGCCCGCACCUCCCAGCGCCAUCCCGCGCCGCCCGCGCUCCAUCUCCUCGGGUGGCUCUCGCUCUGAGAGCUACAUCUACAACCGCUGGCUCAGGGGCGUCUCCUUCGGGAGUGGCAACUACGAGUUCCACACCCCCCGUGCGUUCUCGCGCAGCCAGAGCCGAUCGUACCUCGCAGGGCGGGCGGGGAUGACGAGCGCAAGCAUCCUUUUCUGGCUGGGCUUCAUCGGACCGUGGUGUUGGCUCAUCGGCGGGUGGAUGCUCACCACGGAAGGCGAACUCGAGCCCGAGUUCAAGCGUGAGAUGGACAUCAAGCACGGUGCAGACGCGAUCCUACCCCAGUGGUUCAGGCAUGGCAAGAAGCGUGCGAGGGUGGAGACUUCCUCGUGGCGAUUGACUGGCUCGCGGGCGUCGAGUUCGCGGAGGCGAUACCCGAGCGGGAGGCUGCUGAGGUGGGAUCGGGCGCGGCGACAACAGGCGCUGGAAGGGUACGACGACCGAGGAGAAACUGUGAGUAAGGCCUCUCUCUAGGUUUAUAAAGCGCUGGCAGGCCUCUCUCUAGGUGUAGAACGCGCUGGCAGGCCUCUUUCUAGGUGUACAAAGCGCUGGCGGGCCUCUUUCUAUGUAUACAGGGUACUCGCAGCGCUCUGCCUAUAGGAGAAGGCUCG